AUGAUCAAUUAUAAAAAUAAGGAAUACUAUGAAAUAAUUAAAAAUGAUAGGAUCGAAGAAAACAAUAAAAUAGAAAAUGUAAAUUGUGAAUUUAAAAAAAAAAAAAAAUUUACAGAACAAGAUGUUAAAGCGCUUUCGGAACUGAUAGAGAAAUAUAAUAUAGGAAAAAAUUUUGCUUGCUUUGGAGGAGCAUUCGCUAGAUUUGCUAAUGAAACAAUUGCAUUUAAUAAAAAAGAAUUUAAACCACAUUUAGGUAUUCAUAUGAAUGAUUAUUUAUUUAAUAAUGAUAUAUUUGAAAAUAAUUUUAUAAAAUUAAUUCAUUUUUCGAGAUGGCAUAUCCUCGCAUAUUUAUCUAAUAAUAAAUUAUAUGUUUAUAAACAUAGUAGAUAUUUAUGGCAUUUAGAUCAUUUUAAUGAAUGGAAGAACAUAGAAAUUCCUACAGAUAAUGAAAUUACAAAUAUUCAAGUGGUUUCAUGUAAUUAUCAAGGUGAUAUAUAUUUUGAUAAUAUAAAUAAAAAUAAAAUGAUACAAAAUGAAAAUAAUAUAUGUAAUGAGAAAAUUUCUAAGGACAAUAUAUUUGAUCCAAUAAAUAUUUUCUGUAUUAGUUUAAUAGAUAAUCAAAAUAAUUUAUAUUUAGGUUUAAAUGUUAAUAUUGAUUCUAAUAAAAUGAAUAUUAAGCAAAUUAAAAUAGUAAUACCAGAAAAGUUGGUAAAACAAAAAUUAGAAUUCAAUGUAUUAUUUGUUAGUUUACCAGAGUUAAAUGAUUGUGAUAUUAAAAAUUAUAAUGUAGACUUAAAAUAUUCAACUAUUUUUGAAUUAUCAUAUAAUUAUACUAGUAAAAGAAAGAAAAGAAAAAGAAUUAAUGAUAAGUAUUUAAAAUUUGAUAUAAAUCAUAACAGAGAAGGAAGAAAUUACUCUCAAUUUAAUGGAGCUUAUAAAAAUUAUUCUAGUGAUAGUUGCGAAUUUAUAGAUAUAUUAAAUAAGAAUAAAAAUAAUAAAAAUACAGAAAAUAAUGUUAAUAUAAGAAGUGACCAUAAUUUGAAAAAUAUUAAUAAAAAUAAUAAUUUUAAUAACAAUAUAAAUAAUAUUAAUAAUAGUCAUAUUAAGAUAAAUUCAUGUGGAGAUUAUUGUAAAUUAAAAGAAAAUAAAAUAAUGAACAAACAAGAAUACAACAACAUUAAAUUGGAAUUAAAGAAAAAAAAUGAAGUUGUUAGUGAUAGUACAAUUAAUAAUUAUUUGAAAAAAGAAAAAGAAAAUAUUUUAGAGUAUCCAGAAAAAAAUGCAAGAACUAUGAAUAAUAAAAAUGAAACUUUAGAUGAAUAUACAGAAAAUGAAAUUGAUAGUACAAUAGAUGAAGAGAUAGAUAAUGAUUGUAUAAAUAAAAAAAAUUACUUUUUAUAUAUAAAAAUAUCUGAUAAUGUAAAAUUUAAAAAAAAGUUAAUAAAUUCAAAACCCAAAAAAUUAAUUAGUGGUACUUCAUGCAAUCAUGGUUGUGUUUUAUUUGAAAACAAAGAAAUUUAUUUUUGGAUAUAUAAAAGAGGGAAUCUGUCGAAUAUUUCGAAUAAAUAUGAUAAAAUAUGUAAUGAUAAGAAAAGUAACUAUAUUAUUUUUAAGAAAUUAAAAUCCCCCAAAUUAAAAAUAAUAGAAGUUGUUUAUUGUAAUAAUACAUAUAUAAUGCUAUCAGAAGACAGAAAUAUUUAUAUCUUAAAAUUACCAUUUUUAAAAAAUUUAAGAGCUGUUAAUUUUUUUUUUUAUUUAAAUAAUUAUUUGUUCAAAAAAACAAAUUUUAGUCAUAAUACUGGAAUGUUAACACUUGAUAAAAUAAAAAAAGAUGAUUUAAUUAAAAUGUACUUGACAGAUUAUAUUUUAAUUACCAUUCAUAACACAAAAGAUAUUUAUUUUACGCCAAUAUUAUUUGAGAAUAUAUAUAAUUAUAAAGACACUCAAUAUAUUGACGUAUUGUCAACCAAAUAUGAGUAUCAGAUAAGAAAUUUAAUAAAAAAUCUUGGUGAGUUUAAUAUUUAUGGAUUAGAAAAAUUAUUUUCACCGGAAGAAAAAAUGAGAUUUCCAAAUCUAACUAAAUAUAAAAUGAUUCGAAUUUGCGCUGAAAAAAAGAAUUCAUUUACUUUAUAUGUAAGUCCUAAUGCAUUAAUUGUUUGUAUAUAUAAUUUAUUUGAAUAUUAUGAUAUAUUAAAUUCCUCUAUUUCUAAUUUUUUGAGUAAGUAUUAUAUUGUAUAG